CUCAAUUGACCAUUUUAUGAUACAUUUUUGUGAAUGGGUGUGUGUCUGGCUGCCAAAUCUGUGUUCGUGAGUCGUGGCUGACGUCACGGCCAGUUAAACAGCAGUUUUUUGGGACCGGGGAGUCACGAAGCAAGAGGACACAUUCCUUUGCACCGGGGAGCAGGCACGCCCCUCAAAGCUCCGCUGCUUUAUAACGGGACUGGGCCGGGCAGAGGGAGACAACACAACUGUAACUCUGAACUCCAAGUGGAAGCAACUGUUCCCGUCAAAUACGUACUGGGAUACCAUCCUGAAAUCCAACGAGAGAAACAUAGACACCAGAGACUCUAAAAUAAAGAUGGAUAUGUACCAAGCUGGAUAUUAUAUGGAAAAUUUCAGGACACAGGAAGUCCCUGCUGGUUUGGACUUUGCAUCAUAUGACUACAGUGAUGAAGACCUGUCUUUUCUAUUAGACAGUAAAGGACCCGGGCAGCAGUAUCCAGAGAGUUAUGGAGAGCUGAAGAAGAAUCUCUGUCCGUACGACAACAAAGUAACCUCCAGUGACUCUGUCCUGUUCAACCUGGAUUCAUACCCAGAGUUUAACUGUUGGGCAUCAUACCCAAGUGAUGGGUUGACUUUGGACCAGUCUCAAGCGGGUUUCCAGGAUUCCACCCAGACGUACCACAGCCUUGUGCCCCUGUGUUCUCCAGCCCAGAGUGGACAGUUCAGCCCGGGCAUGGAGGAUGCUAGCACCAGCAACUCCUUCCUCCCUGGAAAAGGAACGAGCCACAGCGGGUCCCCCAGCACUGUCAGCCUGGACCACCUCAGUGAAGCUGAACAAAGCUACACCCGUCACUCAGGUGAACAACUGUACGACUCAGAAGCACAAAAGACGUCACCCUCCUUCUGGCCAGACUACCCCUCUCCCAGCUACAGCGCAUCCCUGCUGCCCCCUCACCACCCUCCAUCUUGUUCCUCAACCCCUGGACCACAGCAGCCUUCAGAGCAAUACUGCCCCCGUGUGGCCAAACGCAAAAGUACACACUCCCAAAGACACGAGAGGGAAAGAGGACAAGUGAUGGGAAUGUCAGUUUAUCCAGGAUCAGGGCCCAUCCAAUUAUGGCAGUUCUUACUGGAGCUGCUUCUAGACUCUGCCUGCUGUACCUUCAUCUGCUGGACAGGAGACGGUUGGGAGUUCAAGAUGUCCGACCCAGCAGAGGUGGCCAAGCGCUGGGGCCAGUGUAAGAACAAGCCCAAGAUGAACUACGAGAAGCUGAGCCGUGGCCUGCGCUACUACUACCACAAGAACAUCAUCCACAAAACGACGGGCAAGCGAUACGUCUACCGCUUCGUCUUGGACGUGCAGGGGAUGCUGGGGAAGACGGCACAGGAGGUCCUGGCCAGCCUGAACAUUUUACCCACGGGGACAGAGUCCUCCUGGCAAGGCCAGGGGGCACCAGUAUCAUCACCAGUGUCCAGCGAAGCAUGGCGUCGCUGUAGAGGGAGUGUACCAGCAGCACUGGUUCUCAUUGGUGCUAUUGUCUCUUGAUAGUGUUAUGGCUACAUCACUAGAAAUAUGCUAUGUAGAACAAGCAUGCCUCUUUGACAUGUAGAAAAGGAAUAACAUCGGCUCUAUUCAUGGGAUUUCUAUCUGCAACAUUAGACAAUGUUCGGUGUAACACUUUUAUUACCAAGUGAUACAGUAGUAGCCAUAGCUGUGGGAAGUAGGCGUGUUGAGGUUGCUGUAGCACCCCCUGAAAAAUCGGAAUUUUAAAAAGUAUGUAGUAGCCUUCAAUUUGAUUUGGUUUUAGUGUAUGACUUACCUCCUAUUAACGUCAGCAGAAUGAGAGCUCAAUGAAACGGUAAGCCCAGCUGUCUCCAAUACUGAUGUUCUUUAUGGUAAUGACAUGGUUAGUGAUGAACAAUCCUCCUCCAUCCUCAAGUACUUUUUACCCCCUCUAAAAUAAUGGGUGCAUGACACCCCUGCUUAGCACCCAUGAUGUUGAACAAUGUUUGACAUGAACUUUGACUGUGAGGAUCUGUCUAUUUUUAUACUCUUACACAUCUACCUCUUUUAUGGCUGACAAAAUAAAGCUAAGAGGGACAAUGCUUGUUCUGUUGAAUAUAAUGUGUGAUUUACAUGAUUUAGGGAACAAUGUUGUUUGUAAAAUGAUUGUAAAUAAACUGUACAUAACUUUAAAA